AUGCUCCCCUUAUCCGUUUCUCCCGCUCUGCGCACUCUUCUUCUUCUCCGUCAAUGGGACUGGACUCGCCGGAGUGCGAUCAAACUGAAAGAGGAGAAACUUCGUGCCGUUUUGUUUUCUCCGGUUCAUUUUCGUGGCGGAAUGUUGCUACAUUUAGGGCUACCGAUGGAGAUGAAAUGCCCAAUUCGAUGCUUCCCAAAUGCAGUUUACUUGAAUCUCAAAGAACACAUCACCUUUAGCACAUCAAAUUCGUUGAAAUCUGCUGCUGCUACUGGACGUUCAUUGUACAAUGUGUGUGAGAUUCGUAGCAAGCGAGGACUUUUAAAGAUGCAGGCGGCUACGGAGAAAGAGACAGAAUCUGAUAGGAAGGUGAAAGAAGAGGAAAGGAGAAGGAAGAUUGGGUUAGCUAAUAAAGGAAAGGUUCCAUGGAACAAAGGAAUUAAACACACUCCAGACACUCGAAGACGAAUCAAGCAGAGAACUAUUGAAGCUUUGAGAAACCCCAAGGUUCGGGAUAAGAUGUCUGAGCAUCAACAACCACACAGUGAUGAAACCAAGGAGAAGAUCAGAGCUUCGAUGAAACAAAUUUGGGCAGAAAGGUUACGAUCCAAGAGAUUAAAGGAGAAGUUCACUUUACUGUGGUCAGAGAGCAUUGCAGAAGCUGCAAGGAGAGGAGGUAGUGGCGAAGUGGAACUCGAUUGGGACAGCUACGAGAAAUCAGCACUAGAGAUUUCUUCUGAGCAAAAGCUUCAAUUGGCUCAAGAGAAAGCAAGAACAAAGGAAGAAAACAAGACAGAGAAGAAGAGGAGAGUUGUGGAAAGAAAGAAAGAACGUCAAGAGAGACACCAAAGAGGAGGAAAGGCUAGAAAACCAAGGCAGAACAUGGAGUGUGCAACCGUUGCCUCACGCUCUAAACUGAACAAGAGACUCACAAAGAUUCACAAGAAGAAAACAAGUCUUGGUAAAAUCGCUGUUGAAAAGGAUAGGGUAGUCUCAGUUGCAGCCAAGCUGGAGAAACUGGACUUGGAGCUGAUAAGGAAAGAGAGAAGAAGAGGAGAUAUAUCACUUGCUGAUCAGAUCCAAGCUGCCAAGAACCAACGAGGAAACGAUUUUUCAUCAAGAUUUGGUCUUUUUGCCAUGAAAUCAAUAGACUUUGAUUAACCCUUUUCAACUCAAUAGUUUAUAGAGCUGCCCCUUUACUUCUUGUUCCACUAUAUACUUAUUUAAGACUGAAAAUAUAUGAUAAACAAACCAAUUCUUAGCAGAACGAGUGCUGCUUAA